AUGGGAAAGUGUCUUGGUGUUUCUAUUAGGCCUCAGUUCAUGGACACUCAAGCAAGAAUUAUGUGGAAAAUCAAGGGUACCCUUGAGACUAUUCAUCUGGGACGAAAUGUUAUCUUAUUUAGUUUUUCUCUUAUGGAUGACUAUGAACGUGCUUUGUUCGGUGGUCCAUGGUUCAUUUUAGAUCAUUACUUGAUGAUCUCUAAAUGGAAACCGAACUACAGACCUGAAUCAAAUUAUUUUGAUCAAAUGGCGGUUUGGAUCCGAUUUCCUAACCUCCCUGUGGAGUACUAUGACAAGCUUGCUUUAUUUGAUAUAGCCAAAUUGGUUAGAAAAUCGAUUAGAGUCGAUUAUGCAACAGAUAAGACCACUCGAGGAAGAUAUGCACGUGUCUGUGUUGAAGUUAACUUGAAUAAUCCGUCAGUCACUAAAUUAUGGAUUGGUGGAGCCUGGCAAUCGGUUGUCUUUGAGAAUAUUACCUCUUUAUGUUUUAGCUGUGGCAGGGUGUGGCAUUCCAAGGAUCAGUGUGCAUCUCCUUCUCUCAAUAGUUGUUCAGGAGCAGAGAAUCAAUCUGAUGAAAGCCCUGUUCUUCCUGCUCCGAGCUCUAAUCCUAAAGGUUUGGCAGGCCCUUCUUACCCAGCCCAUUGUACACCUCACUCUGUUGCUUGUCAAGAUGUGACACUUAUUAAAGAGUUGGGUUAUUCUGAUUAUGGGCCUUGGACUCUUGUUACUAAUAGGAGAUCCAACAAGAAAAAGCCAGCUGUGGAUGAAAAAGAAAAUACAAAAAAGAAAUUCCCAAAAAAGUCAACCCUUUAA